AUGUCGGGAAGCUCCACACCCAAGCUCGCUGCGCCCGAACCACUCAAGAAAGGGACAUCCGUAUCGUCAUUGCGCUUCGGCGCGCAUGAGCGGGUACCUACGCCGCCAGCAUAUGCGUCCGAUCCAAAGUACAAGAAGUACACACAGCAGGUGGAAAGAUGCCUGAAUUCAUUCGAUAGUGUGCACGAGUGGGCCGACUUCAUAUCGUUCCUGAAGCAGCUGCUGAAGACAUUUGAAGCGUACCAACAGUUCAAAGAGAUUCCGCGCAAGCUUGUAGUAGCCAAACGACUAUCACAAUGCCUGAACCCUGCCUUGCCAACAGGAGUUCACCAGCGAGCACUGGAUGUAUACUCUCACAUAUUUGCUGUCCUCGGGACGGAAGGCUUGCACCGCGAUCUCGCGCUCUGGUCCUCAGGUCUCUUCCCAUUCUUUGAGUAUGCAGCAACCUCUGUCAAGCCUACGCUUCUGAAUUUAUUCGACACGUACUACUUGCCCCUUCAAGACGGCCUGCGGCCCAUUAUGAAGUCGUUCAAUCUUGCCCUUCUCCCUGGCUUGGAAGAGGAAACCGGAGAAUACUUCGACAAGGUGCUGAGUCUGUUAGACCGUCUCUCUGGCAGCGUAUCUCCCUCGUUUUUCUUCCAAAACAUCUGGCUAGCCAUGUUGACGACACCCUCUGCUCGUGGGACGUCGCUGAACUUCCUGUCUCGUCGACUACCAAAACUGAAGCCGAUGAAGGAGGCGACAGACAUAACGGAUAUCGUCGGUCGCGAUGUUGGUCUCAUGAUCCGUGCCUUCUCAUCCGCCCUGGACGAUGACGAUCUCCUUGUCCGACGCGGCGCAUUGGAUCUCCUUCUGCAGUCUUUGCGUAUCGAUGGCGUUGCUCUCAAACGUGCCCAAGCAGAGGAUCGCAUGAUACUGAUGCGCGCCGCAAGUAGUGUAGUGCUUCGCAGGGACCUGUCUCUGAAUCGCCGACUCUACUCGUGGCUCCUAGGCCCGAGCGAAGAGAGCCAACAACAAAUGGAGUACCUCAGAACACACUCACUUCAGCUUUUAAGCCAAACACUCAGGGAGGAGAUGUUCCAUCCAUCAUUGGACUACUCACAAGCACGGCCAUUCAAGAUUUUCAUCUCACUACUCGACAAAUGGGAGAUUGGCUCUCCUCUUACCGAGGUGCUUGUGUACGACGCAUUCAAAGCAAUCAGGAAAGCUCUUGAGAGUGGAUCUGAGUUUAGUGACGAUAUCAGCAUGACAGCCAGCACCUUGUACGAGGCUGUAGAACCUCAUCUGUUGUGGAAACAACUGUAUCAUAUACUCUACUCAGAGAUCACGUCGCAGAAUACCAAAUGUGAGGGUUGCGAUAUGGUCAAGUACAUUCUUGCGACGUUCCACGGGCAAGACGAGGAGAUCGAAACUGUGCAUUUGCCUGUUGUAUUCGCUGGUAUUGCAGAAUUGCUUGCGACAUCUGCACAGGAGCAACCUCCCCGGAUGACGCCAGUCGCUCUUCGCAAGGUUUUGGCAUUACAGAAGGAAAUAUUGUCCUAUAUGUCGCCUGCAAGUCCGCUGAAGUCAAGACCACCCAUUACCCGGGAACUAGAGACUACGAUGGCCGCAUCUGGUCCUGCGACAUUCGCAUGUCUCUUUUACGGCGUUCCUAGUGUAUUGCCACACCUCCGAGGGCCUCUCCAACUAUACCAUUCUGCACUGCAUUUGAAGACCUCAUUCGCUCAUACAUAUGCGGCAAGGGCCCUCCUCGUUAGUGGUAAUCAGUCGGAAGACACGCGCGGGAUUUUGGUGGACACUAUGGCCCUCGUGACGGACGUAGUUUCUCAACAUGGCUCAGUACACGACCGGUCCAUCGCACUGGCUUGGGAGCCCAGUUCGUGGCUUUCAUGUGUGCUCCACUGUCUUGAACCGAAGAUCACUUCGUUCCUGGUUGUGGAAAGUGUAGUAAGCACUGUAACCACUUUGCAUGGGGCACAGACGUUGCAGCCUCGUCUCUUCAUCGAUGAACGUUCUACCAUCUCAUCUAUGGUCAACGCUCUCUUGCGAUAUCUGCAGCUGCAAUGGGCUGCGUAUCACGCACGGGCUGUGGGACUGAUCUGGUCAUUAGAGGGUCUCAGUCGUAAACGACAUGUGGAAGCUGUCAUUGCUCAAAGGAUGACGUCGCAAGACCCCGCCGAGGUCGAAGAAGCCUGCGAGACAUUUGGCGUCCUAUGGAGACUAACAGAUGAUGAUCUCGUACCUGGAUCUAGGCUGAAGGUGCCAAUGAUGGUUGCACUUGAUACUUUGAAAAGUAAUGAUCCAGCCCUGCGUCGGAUUGGUGAAACAUGGAUGCGAUGCAGCCUCAAGUCCUACUUACGCGUACUUGAUCCCAUCCUGUUCGACUUGCUUGACCCUGCGAUUCGAAGGUCACCUUCAACGCUAGAGCUCAACGGGAAGGAACUGCACAGUUUUGCUUAUGACAUUUCAUUCGACCAACGCUAUGUGAUACACAUGCUUGAAACUUUGCUUUCCGUGAUCAAGUUCGGAGGCCAAGGUUUCAGCAAGACGACACGCACGACGCCGAUCGGUCGUUCCCCUAACGCCGAUCUACUCAAGCGAAUACAAGAAGCUAGUGCAUCGUCCCAAGAUACGAGCUACAUGGAUGUCCUCUUGUACUUGCUCCUUCGAUUCCUCGAGUCUGAACCCAAAACUGUCCUCUCCUCGAGGAUGGGUAACUUUAAUGUCGCCCUUCACGGAAUCUCCAUCGAUAUUCUGCAAGCACUGGUGGCCCGUGGAGAAGUUGAUUUCCUUGCUCUGCAGACGAUGGAAUCGGCCGUAAUCAAGAAGCUCUAUAUUGGUGUCCACCUUGGCCGGCUAGAUCUUCAGAACAAGCUGCUACAUCUGCUUCACUCUAUUAUAUCCGCCUCAAUCCCCGGUGCGGAUACAUAUCAUGGGAAAGGCAAGGGUUCCACAAGUCAAAUCAUCGACACGGUCGAGUCGGCAGAGAGAACACCGAGGCCGAGUACAGACUCCUACGGUAUUCACCCGCUGCUGGCUCAAACGUUACUGGACGGGAUAACGGUUGCCUCCAAUCGGUCCAUUCUGCAGCAUUGGCUCGACUUCGUUCUCAUGACAGUGCCACAAUUCCAAGAUGCGCUGCAGACUUGCAUUGUGCCGCUUAGCAGCGGCAUAUGUCGCCAGCUGCAGUCUGCGCUGGGUGAUAUGCGCCAGGCAUCUGCUGCCGAACGCAUCUUCGACGACUUCCACACGAUAACGAGCGAUGCAGAUUUCGUUGCGUUACUGACAUCCUUGGAGCGACUUGUGCUACUCAGCCUUUCCCGAAUAUCGGACGGAGGCCAGACGGAAGAGGAACCGGCGACGAGUGAGAAACCGGCUCAAGAGUCCACGGGUCUACUUGGGUAUGUAUCCAACGUGUUCAGUUCCGAGACCCCAAAUGCUCUGGACGACGCGACGCCGACGCGUUCAUCUGACUACGACAGUCUUCACGAAUCCAUCAACGCGCUGUAUGCAACGUGGGACUUACUCAAUGACUCAACACGCGAAAUGUGGUCUGAUGUCUAUCCAAAAGCGAAGACAAGGUGUCGUAAGGUACUCGAGCAUCUGUUCCGCGCGCAUCCUCCCGAGGUACUGGAGUUCAUCGUCGACUGCUGGCGUCGGAGCUCGAUGGCUGGAUCAACUGCAUUUGACGUAGUCGAUGUCCUUGCCUCUAGUGCGCAAACUGUCGUUCGUAUGACAUGCGAGAGCAUUGCAGUUCGCACCCCUGGGAUGCCGGACCGGUCCAGAAAGCCGGCAGUGGCCUCUAAUCUGACGGAUCUUGUGCUCUAUGAUUUCCUUGAGCAAUAUCUACGACGGCUGGAAGGACCUCUGGUCGUACAAGUUUGGCCUCGCUUCGUCCAACUAUCUAAGGAUCUGAUGGCAUCAUUGCGCGAGUUCAAGAUCCAAGCGUUCUCUGCGUUCAGAUGCUGUACUGUCCUCGCUGAUAAGUUGUCACAGACGACGGCACUGGAGGAUCGACGGUUACGCAAGGAGCUACAGGACACAUAUACCAAAUUGUUGGACAUAUGCGUCCUGUCUAGCAAACCCUACGAUCAGGGGUCUUGGAUCCGUCGAACGACCCCAAAGGAGAAUCUCACUGUCAAUGGCAGAGAAUCACCAUUGCCUCGAGUUGCAUCGGAUACGAGGCUGGACGAGAAGAUGAACGCCAGCAGCACGUCACUUCCAGACGCAGUCAAGCCGGGCUAUGGUACCGACGUCGUCGAACAGGUCAACGACUACAUCGCAUUUAGUGUGCUGCCUGACUUGCGGAGGUUACUCGUUGAUAGCGACAGGGUGUUGGCGGCAUGCAACAGCAUCGCUUACAACAUCAUCAAUCCAUCGCUCAAGGGGAAGACUCGACCGCUGGAUAUCGAUGACAAGGUUCUUUCCAUCCUGCAAGAGAUGACGAAGAUCGGGCCAGCAUACAAGGCAUGGAGGGGUGCCGUCACGGAUGUGCUGAGCGACAACAGAUGCUUCAACUCGUCUCCUCAGGCUGGCGGGAAGUGGAGGAUCAUGGUCAAGGCUCUGUUCGACGCGGACAAGGCAGCGUUGUCGGAUCUCUUGAGUGUCAAAAAUUACCACUGCUCCAUCCGCGAACAUCUUCACGAACAGGGAGUACGAGAUGCUUCUGCGAUCGUGAAUCUGCGGCGACUCUCCUACGUGCUUCUGUCUGGGGAAAAGAACCAUUUCCUCACUCAACUGCCGAGCAUCCAAGAGAAGCUGGUGGACACCCUGCGCAAUGUUUCCGCGCCCGUGGUUCAGUGCGAGGUGUACCUAUGCAUUCGAGUCUUGCUCUGCCGGCUGUCGCCACACAACCUGUCAAGCUUCUGGCCAGUCAUCCUCACUGAGCUGGUGGGUCGGGUCGAUGAUGGCCGAUUCCCCGACCCUCCCGUCGAUGGCUCGGAAGAACUGGCCCUGGUGCUUGCCGCCUGCAAGCUGCUCGACCUCCUUCUGGUGCUGCAGACGGAAGAGUUUCAAAUACACCAGUGGAUCUUCAUCACCGACACAGUAGACUCGAUCUACCGACCGGAGGACUGGGUCCCGGAGGCGGUGUUGGACCGAUUAGCGGAGGUCACUGGGGACCUGCCCGUCACAGAGAGCGCCCCGCCGCCGCUACACGGCGCCACUACGACACCGACGGUCGACAGCAGACCCAUGCGGCGCCCGAUGCUGCGCUCGCUCCGGCAGAUCGACAGCAUCAGGGAGCUGGUGCCCUUCUUCUCGCACGCAAGCAUCGCCUCGUAUGAGAGCGUGUACGGUAGCGGGGGUAACAUCGAUUGGGAGGCGGUGGAAGAGGGGUUGCUGGAGGACAUGUUUGACGGGAGAUAG